AUGAAACGAGAGGUUCAAAACGGUUCAAAAAUUCAAUAGAAAUUUUUUUAAUUUGAUUUCGUAGUCCUCUGCUGCCUCUCUCGCUCACUCGCCCGCUCUAUCUACUCUCGACCAAAAGUUAUAAAGGCAAGGGAAAGAACAGGAGAUGAUUUCCCUGAGAACAUUCUCUCCGAAAUCCCAUGCGUUGUUUCUCUACAACAAGACCGCACCCUCGCCCAAGAAGACCGGGAAUUCUCUCCUCUGCUUCUGUAAGUCCGAUGAUUCGUCGGAGGAUUCCUCCUCACAGCCUGAAGGAGACACCCGGAAGCAAGAGCUGCUGGCUCGUAUCGCGAUGCUUCAGACCCAGAAGGUGAGGCUCACCGACUACUUGGACGAGCGAUCGGAUUACUUGACCAAGUUCGCGGAGGAGGCCAGUGCCGAGUUCGAUAAGGUCGGCGAAGACGCACUCAAGGACCUCGAUGAAGCUGGCAACAGGAUAAUGGAGAACAUCGAGAGCAGAAUGCAAGCAUUCGAGGAAUCAGCGGAGCUUAACAGGCUCGAGAUCGAGGAGAAGGAGAGCAAGCUGUCCGACUUCGAGGGUCAGAUCGAGGAGGGCAGGAACGAGGGCCUCUUCUUCAAGAGCCUGAGGCAGAAGGCGCCAGCUGUGGAUAAGGCAAAAUUAGCCAAGGAGGAGAUAAAGAAGAUCGACGGAGUGACUAAAGAGACUGCGGGAUCGAGGACCAGAAGGACCAUUUACCUCGGACUGAUUGGGGUUUUGGCCAUUGCAAUCGCUGAUAUAUUGUUCAUAUCUUCUUCGCCCGACUGGAGGAAAGUUGCAGUCCUCGGGGCAAUUCUGGUUGGCUUGCUCACUCAGUUUGGGUAUGAACAAGGGAUGUCGUCGGAAACAAGACGAACAGAAAAUAAUGGCAAGUCCGUGUCCGAGGAAGAAGAUAAAUGAUCCUUCUUUUUCUUUUCUGGCCCCCCUGUAACUGUAAUUCACAAUACCAUGAAGAUGAUGCAAUAGAAGUCAUCAUAAGAAAGCAAUCAUAUAUCUUGCCUUACGAAUUACGAUUACUA